AUGGCUGAGCCCAUCGACGAAGACUUCCCCUCAUCGAUGCCCAGGAGCUUUGGCGGGCGACGACUAUCGUUUUCGCGGUCCUCUGACGACGGUGAUAGUGGUACUAGUUUGACCCAGCCUUCGCCGACUCUGAAACGAGCUGCGACGACGUCGUCAGCCACAAGGGCUGCACGAUACCUCGACCUGGACAGCAUUCCCAAUUUACCCUUGAUGCCUCCACCUGGCGCUGCAUGGAACUCGCCGCCAUCGAGCUUGAUUGGAGCUCAACGCCGUCCCUCGUUGGUCGAGGUCUACGAGAGGUCGAGGAGACGCGGCUUCCAGAGCGACUCUGUGCUGCAUGCAACGACGGACGCACGAUUUCAAGACCCACCUCACGAUGAACCGCAUUCUCCGGAAGAUGGCACCAACUUCAAGCGCAGUUUGGAGAUAAACAUGAAGGAUCUCGUCGGCGACGCUGUGGGCAACAUGAGCAUCAGUCCAUCGUCAAGAGACAUUGUCCUGGCAGCGCGCAAGGGACUGUUCAUUAUCGACCUCGAGCACCCAUUCGAAGUACCGCGGUUUCUGCCUCAAGGAGGGACCUGGGACGUUGCAGACGUCCAGUGGAACCCUCACCCAAGCCGUUCCCAAUACAUUGUCUCGACGUCCAGCGAGAAAAUGCUUAUCUGGAACCUUGGAAUCACUGGGAAGACGUCCAUAGAACAUAUUCUCAAAUCCCACUAUCGAGCCAUUACCGACUUCAACUGGCACACGACCGAAUGCGACGUCGUCGCCAGCACCGGCAUAGACUCGUGGAUCUGGGUCUGGGAUAUGCGGAAUCCCCGGAAACCAGCAUUCGGUCUGUCAGCAUUCCAAGCAGCUGGUACACAAGUAAAAUGGAACCGCCAAGACGGAAACUACCUCGCCUCUGCCCACGGGAACGAAGUCCUCAUCUGGGAUCGCCGCAAAGGCUCCUUACCAGUUACACAAAUCAAAGCUCAUUCCGCCAAGAUAUACGGUAUCGACUGGUCUCACCAUCUGCGGAACGAGAUUGUAACAUGUUCGUUGGACAUGACCAUCAAGUCCUGGGACAUUUCCGCGCCCGAGAGACCGACCAGAGCAGUCCAGACAAACUAUCCCGUUUGGCGGGCUCGAAAUCUUCCCUUCGGCCAAGGCAUCCUCAGCCUCCCCCAGCGAGGUGAAACACGACUCGAAAUGUACGCGCGAACCGACCAUCCAACACCAGUAGAGAUUUUUGAGGGCCAUUCAGACGUGGUCAAAGAGUUCGUCUGGCGCAAAGGCGGACCUGACGAAUUCCAGCUCAUCACCUGGUCCAAAGACCGGACACUGCGAUUCUGGCCUGUCACGACGGACAUCAUGCAGAAGGUUGGGCACACGCCUGAAGUCACCAGAGGCAGAUCCCAACGUGUCGAGCGGGAGCCUACGCUUUCGUAUCGUAGUCCCCCAGAGAACGAACCCAUUGGCGGGCAGGGCCAGCAAUUACUCUCCGCGCCUAUCGGGAAUCGUGCCAUCCUGGCCGAAGUUCGUGCUGGGCCCGUUCCCCGAAAUCUCAUCACGCAGCCACACCCCGGCUCUUCAGCACGCGGUGGGCUGUCGGAGCUCAACCAGCGGACGCCUACACUGACUGACACCAAGCCCAUCGCCGUAGCCAGCCGCACGCGUGGCGGUACCAUGAGUCGCGGUGCGGUCACUGGGAAGAGCGUGGCUGGGAUGGAUGCGUUUACCUGGCUUGCUAAUGUCAAGGUUGGGAAUAAGAGAGGGAGUAGCUCGGGUGCUGGGAGCAACGAUCCGAGCAGCAGUAGUUCUUCAAGACUAGGCUCGACUUCUCGGAAUCAUUCGUCCAGUAGAGGGGAGGGUGAAUCAAAUGGCGGGCGACAGAGAAGUGUGAGCCGGACUCGCGGUCCAGAAGACAGGCGGGAUAAUGAGGAUGCACAGUCACUGCAGGACGAGAUCACCUCAGUGCUGAAGAAACUCCACGCAUCAAAGAUCAAGUUGGAGAAGCACGACCUAACCAAGAAGCGGACAUGUACUCUAGGACUACACGGUCCAUGGGGCGAAAGCUCUUCCGUAUUCGUCUUCAUGCGCCUCACCUUCACCUUUCCUUCAAAGUAUCCCCAGAGUGGACACCCCGAAGGCACACCCUCCGUCGAGUUGGAGCGCAACCCCCUCAUCUCACCUCGUGACCGAGCAUACAUUCUCAAGCGCCUCAAAGCCAUCAGGGAGACGAAACGGCCAUGUCUAGAAGCAUGCCUGCGGUUCCUUCUGUUUGCUGAAGAUGGGCUUAGUGGGCGGGUUGGGACGAUGGAUUCGGAUACUUCGGACGAGGACGAUGCUGAUGUGAAGAAGAGGGGCAAGGAGAUGACCGUGUCGAUUUUGAGGAACCAUAAGAACCUUGCUGAGCCUAGGACAUCGCAGGGAGCGUUUGGACCCAACGGCGAGCUGAUCUGCUUCUUCCGAGCACCACCUCGUAUCGUCCGCAAUGUCCUGCGAGGACUGACGACAGACACACCAGGCGACGAACAACAGAACCAACAAACGAUUCAACAGCAGGAGUCACUGCAGCAAUCCCGUCUCUUCCAGUCACCUGCGCUGGUCUCCGAUGCUAUCAGACGACUACGUCUCUCAGCUCGAGACCAACUAGUCUUGCCAGUCGGGAAACAAGAGAACGACAUCAACAUUCUCCGUACGAUGACGAACCUCUUGACUGUGUCGCAGCACAAGAUUCGCCGGGACUCUGGUGGCAGCUCGAAGAAUUGGUCGUUGUUGCCUACGCGGAGGAGUAAUGUCUUUAUGAUGGAUACGAUGAGUAUUGCUGGUCCGGAUAAGGAGGUGGCGGCUGGGUAUGUGUUCCAGGGGGAUAGUCUGGCGCAGUUGUGUGAGGAGAAUGCGGGGUUUGCGCGGGAGUGUGGGAGGUAUGAUCAUGAACGGGUGUUUAGGAUGCUCAGGUCUCUCUUCAACCUUCCUCGGAAGGCGGAUGAUGGAGAGAAAGAGGUGCCGGUUGAUGCCAAUGCAUUUGUGUCUGAUAUGUUGGCUAUCCGCGUCAUUCAGCAGAUAUACGAUGAUCUAGCAAAGAAUAAGGAUAUCCAAAUGCUCGCCAUGCUCUCAGUAAUGGUCCUCCAAACCCCUCACGGGGCGCGGAAACCAGCGUCCAUCGCGAAGCCGAAGCCCGAGCUGCCGAUCGCGCCCCUUCCGCCAUUGAAGACAGGUGGGAUGGACUACUUCACCCUCGCUCGAACCAUCAACAAUGUGCCUAGCCCACUAUCCCCUGCCUGGCCGUCGCCUGGCGCUCCUCCCCACGCUCCCUCCGUCGCAUCAUCCAACAGCUCUCGCGGUUCCUGGUCAAGCCUCUUCAACACCGGCAGUGUUCGCCAACUCAUGACCGGUUUGCAGGAUGGCCUUACCACGCCCAACGAAUUCCCUAUGCUUCCCAAUUUCCUCCCCGAGCCUAUCUCGAAGCAGAAUAGUAUGGAGAAGAUGGUACUCACCCAGGCCAGUGGGUCGAUACAGAAGAAGCGGUCGAGGAAGGAUUCGUCGAGGCAUUCACCGUCGUCGACUAUGUCCAAGUCGUGGAACGAGGGUCGGCCGCAGACGCCUCGUAAUUUGUCGGUGUCGUUUUCGUCCGCCGGGCAUAAGAGGUCGGGGUUGUUGCGCUUGCAGGAUAUUAGUCCUAUAGUGCAGGAGAAGAGGCGGAUUGUGUUUGAAACGACUAUCGAACCGGAAAGCCCUCCUCCAACUUUCUCUGACUCGAUGAUCCAGCAAUUCCAUCGACACAUCUAUGCUUACGCAGAAUUGCUCUUCCGGUGGGAAUUGUACACCAAGCGUCUUGAACUCCUCAAUUCGGCUCGUCACCUUGAUCCACCUGCGGAUGAGCAACAGCAUCGGAUAGGCCUCGUCCGACGAUGUCCUCGACCUGAUUGUUCGGCUGUGCUGGAUGAGAAGACACAAAGAGCCCACUCCGAUGAUGAUUCAUAUGAAGCCUUGAACCUUGAUUGA